CUUGAAUAGUUUAUAUCACCUGUUCAUACUUUUAAGCACCUGGGAUCUUGAAUGGGUGCCAUGGCCACUUGCCUGCCGUCUCUAGGUCGUGUGAAGCUUGCUGAUUUGAUAGCCUCUGAAGGACUUCCUUCUGAUUCCUACAAAAUAUCUGUAUCAACUUUGUCACAGUCACUAGCUCAGUAUUCUGCUGCCAUUAUUCAGCUACCUGGGGGUGAUGGUGCUCUCUUAAGAUCUGGGCUGGAAUCAGCUCGCCUCUACUUCCACCAGAGAACGUCAUAUCCAGCUGCUGAUAUAGUUCAUGCCAAUGACUCUCGUGAAUGGUGCAAGACCUCUGGGUAUUAUGCGGACCCUCAACUAUGGCAAGAAAUAUAUGAUUACAGGCCGGGCCUGACUCCUACGGAGCUUAACAACACUAUGGAAUUUCCUCCUGCUGGUUUGCCUGAUAUAUAUGCAGUACUUGGAAAAACAGCUAGAGGUAUCUUGGAUGCCAUCAGCUUCUCCUUAAACUUGCGUAGCUCUCCAUUUACGGAAAUACUUGAUAAUGUCCCCCUUAGAAAUCGGGAAAUGUCUUCUUCAGUCCUGUCUGUUUGCUGUCACUCAAGACCAUCGUUUCAAGGAGCUCAACAUCAUACUCUGACAACCCAAGAGGAUGGCCAAUUGGUUAUGUUUCCUGACCAUGAGCAUCAAGUUGAUAAGAGCUUGUUAACUAUAGUUAAGUCAGAAAGAGCAGGUUUACACAUCAGGGACUUUAAUGGACGUUGGAUACUUGUGGAUGGGGAUCUUGGACCCCAUGAAGCAGUUGUCUACCCUGGGCUGGCUUUGUACCAGGCAACUGCUGGUUAUGUCAGCCCUGCUCUGCACCGGACAGAGGUCGGUAAUUUACAAAGUAACAUGUAUGGACGAUGUUCCCUGACUUUCAAGCUCAUGCCUAAAUCCAUGACAAGUCUCAGCUGUUCUGAAAUGAGAGCAGCUGGCCACGGGGUUGAAGCUCAGUUUCAGCUUCCUAUACCAGUUGAUGACUUCAUGCAGAGGUCCCACCCAACAGAUCAACUCUUUACCAGGCAAAGUUUCUCAAGUUAUAAUUUUCCACCAACUCAAGAUGGAUCUUUUAAGCCCUUGUUAAAGAGGAAGAAGAAUAACACAAGGUGCAAACCAUUGCCACCUUCAAAGAGGUUGCGGCUUGAGGCACAGAGAGUCCUCAAAGAGCGAGUACAGGACAUUGCAGACAAGAAGGGCAUAAAAUUGAGGUUCUGCAAUUUAAAGGAAUGUGAGGGUCACAUACAAUCUCUGGACAGCCCCUGUGGAAGUAUACGGAUGAAGAUCGGGUGGCCACCAGGGGUGCCCUUUGUUCAUCCCCAUGAUCUACCCAACAAGGCAAAGCUUGGUUUCCUUGAAGCAUACGAACCUGGGUGGACAGCCUCGCAAGAUAUGGAGUUAAGUCUAAUUGAACCUGGACAGGCCAUGCAACCCUCAGCUAACUGAAUCAAUCUCCGUAACUUUCGAUGUUUGGUCACCCUCGAUCAUCUUUUAGCUUCACAAACUUUGCCAGAUGCUUCAUUUCUUCGUCUUGAAGGCUCAAAUGUACACUGAUCCCUUGGUGCAAAGCCCUACAUGGAACCUUAAAAUUGGAUUAUCUGCAACCGAGUAUUGGGCCAUUUGUACAUGAUUGAACAUAGGUAGUUUGCUGGGAACACUUGCUGGCAUUCUUUCGUAGCCGUAAUAUGUGAUUCAGUAUAUUUCCUCUUCCUCUUCUGCAUCAUACCAGCUGGGUACAAUUAUUGCAAGGUCACUGGUUGAGAUAAAAAAAAAGGUAUGGUUUGAAGUUUGUGUUACCUUUGUAUAUCUUGUACAAUAAGUGUUGCACCCUGAGAAAGAAUGUUUCUGGAUUCCAGCUUCAAAAAGAGAAAAUAUAAAGAAAUAUGAAGGUUCAUGUAAGGUCU